AUGGUUCAGGGUGUCCGUGCGGGUGAACCAGGAAGUGCGAGUAGACCAUCAGGUGAACGCGACGGUUACUCCGCAACUAUAACAGAAGUCAACAUAGUAGGUAUAGCUAUCAUUUUGUCUAGCGGACCUUUGAAGCGUGUUGUUUUUACCAACCAUGGCAAGAAAUGCUCAAAACCAGGCACUGUUGGUGGCAGCUUUCGACUUCGGAACCACAUACAGCGGAUAUGCGUUCUCAUUCCGAGACGACCCCAACAAAAUUCAGACAAACCAGACCUGGUUCGCCGGGGCGGGGCCGCAAGAUUGGUGUCACUGAAAACACCUACAUCUGUCCUUCUGAACCCAGAGGGAGAGUUUGACAAGUUUGGUUUCGAGGCUGAAGACAAAUACGCAACCCUAGCUGAAGAUGAUGAGCACCACGGCUGGAGGCUUUUUCGGAGGUUUAAGAUGGUUCUGCAUAAUAAUGAGCACUUGACGAAAGACGUUACGGUAGAGGACUUUUGUGGAGAGCAGAUGACGGCUUUCCCGUUGUUUGUCAUGUCGAUCAAGUACCUGAAAGAACACCUGCUAAAGGCGGUUACUACACAAAAGAUAGGAUUAGAGGAAACUGAUAUAUUGUUCGUGUUGACCGUUCCGGCUAUCUGGGAUGACAAUGCCAAGAGAUUUAUGAGGGACGCGUCUAUAGAAGCUGGAGUAGACCCAAAUCACCUUAAGCUGGCCUUGGAGCCGGAAUGUGCCUCGAUCUGGUGUGAAACAUUGGGUACAGACGUGAAGGGCGCUGUAGCGUUUCAAGGAUCACAGUUCAUGGUCGUCGAUCUUGGAGGAGGCACCGCAGAUAUAUCUGUCCAUGAAAGAAAACCAGAUGGAACCCUGAAAGAAAUCCACAAAGCAAGUGGGGGCCCGUGGGGAGGCAUCUAUGUGGAUGAAAAUUACAUGUAA